GCAGUCUAGCGAAGAAACUGGACGUUAUACUAAAAUAAACACGUAAUCUGCUAUCGUCGUCGUUGUUUCUUCCUCUUGAAGACGCUCCAUUCAAUAUCAUGCUCUUCGAUUAGGGUUUGGGAACUCUUCUCGAAUUCAAUCUCUUAAUUACAAUAAACAACGCUCAAAAAAUGGUUUCUCUUUCACUUUCUUCUACCAGUUUCGCCACCGCUUACCUCGGCAACAAAUUGCCCCUCCGGGAAAAUACACGGAAGCCGAAUUUGGCUUUUUUCAGGUCCCUCCGGGAAAAUACACCAACACGAUUUUCCGAUGCUUCGUUUCGUAUUAGGUGUGCGGUGGACGCGCCCUAUGGAGGUAAUGCUCCAAAAUUUCCCCGAGUCAGUGAUUGGGAUCCUUACAGACGCCUUGGUGUUAGCCGUGAUGCUUCCGAAGAAGAAAUUUGGGGGUCAAGAAAUUUUCUGUUGCAACAAUAUGCUGGACAUGAGAGGAGUGUAGAAUCAAUAGAAGCCGCAUUUGAAAAAAUAUUAAUGGCUAGUUUCAUACAGAGGAGGAAAACAAAAAUUAACUUGAAAACCAAGUUGAAAAAGAAAGUAGAGGAGUCUCCACCAUGGAUCAAGAAUGUGCUAAACAUUGUUGAAUUUCCACCAACCGAAAUUGUCCUUAGAAGAUUGUUUCUCUUUGCCUUCAUUGGUGGCUGGAGCAUUAUGAAUUCUGCUGAAACUGGACCUGCUUUUCAGGUGGCAAUCUCUUUGGCUGCUUGCAUAUACUUCCUAAACGAAAAGACAAAGAGUUUGGGUAGAGCAUGUGUUAUUGGGUUUGGAGCUCUUGUGGUUGGAUGGGUCUCUGGUUCAUUGCUGGUACCCAAUAUUCCAACAAUAUUGCUGCGUCCGACUUGGACCCUCGAACUUUUAACAUCCUUAGUAGUGUACUUUUUCUUGUUCGUUGGUUGUACUUUUUUCAAGUGAAGUGCCAACUAUGCUUCCAUAGAUUCAAUGUACUGUACUAUUAAUGAGUUUCUAGGUGAUCAAAUAUUUUUUGAGUUA